AUGUCGUCGUCGGAAGAGAAGGGCCAGGUGGCCGUCGGCUCCCUGACGCCCGAGAAGGAGGUCCCUCCCGCCUUUGAGGACCACACCAACCAGGGCUCUCUCGAGACGUCCCAGGAGGACUUCAUGACCCGCAAUGGCCUCAACUUGCGAUCGUUCCAGAAGCGCUCGUACGGCGAGGGCAUCGUCCAGCUCGACCGCAGCAUGAAGAAGCGCCACCUGCACAUGAUCGCCAUUGGAGGCUCCAUUGGCGCUGGUUUCUUCGUCGGCUCCGGUGGCGCCUUCGCCACUGGCGGCCCCGGCUUCGUCUUUAUUGAUUUCCUCAUCAUCGGUGUCAUGAUGUUCAACGUCGUCUACGCCCUCGGCGAGAUGGCCGUCCUGUAUCCCGUCUCUGGUGGCUUCUACACGUACUCUAACCGCUUCAUCGACCCGUCCUGGGGCUUCGCUAUGGGCUGGAAUUACGUCUUUCAAUGGGCCAUCGUCCUGCCACUUGAAUUGACAGUCUGCGGUAUAACGGUGCAAUAUUGGAACGACGAGAUCAAUGUUGGCGUCUGGAUUACCGUUUUCCUCGUUGCCAUCAUCAUCAUCAACGUUUUCGGCACACUUGGCUACGCUGAGGAAGAAUUUUGGUCUGCCGUCAUCAAGCUCGGAGCGACCGUCGUCUUCAUGAUCAUUGCCUUCGUGCUCGUGCUCGGCGGUGGUCCCAAGAGCGGCCGGUACGGCGAAUACUGGGGCGCCCGUUACUGGUACGAGCCCGGCGCAUUCGCCAACGGCUUCAAGGGCUUCUGCUCCGUCUUCGUCACUGCCGCCUUUGCCUUCAGCGGAACCGAGCUUGUUGGCCUCGCUGCCGCCGAGGCCGAGAACCCCGUCAAGGCUCUCCCCGGUGCCAUCAAGCAGGUUUUCUGGCGUAUUACACUCUUCUACAUUCUUGGCCUCUUCUUCGUCGGCCUCCUGGUUCCUUAUGACGACCCGAGUCUGCUCGGCUCCGGCUACGUCGAUGUCAAGGCCUCGCCAUUUGUGCUGGUCGGCAAGUACGCCAAUCUCCAGGGUUUCGACCACUUCAUGAACUUCAUCAUUCUCGUCUCGGUCCUGUCAAUCGGCGUGUCGUCUGUGUACGGAGGAUCGCGAACCCUUACUGCCCUCGCGCAAGAGGGAUACGCGCCCAAGAUCUUCACCUACGUCGACAAGUCUGGUCGCCCGCUCUUCAGCGUCGGCAUCAUCCUUCUCUUCGGUGUCCUUGCCUACGUCAACCUGGACGCUGAUGGCCCGACUGUCUUCUCGUGGCUGCUUGCCUUGUCCGGUCUUGCUGCUCUCUUCACAUGGGGCAGCAUUUGCCUGGCCCACAUCCGCUUCCGCUCUGCGUGGUUGUACCACGGCCACACUCUGGACGAGAUCCCAUUCAAGGCUGUCGGCGGUGUCUAUGGCAGCUACCUCGGACUCUUCCUCAUCGCCCUGGUUCUCGUCGCUCAGUUCUACGUCGCUGUGUCUCCCGUCGGCAUGGACGUGAACACGGCCGAGGGCUUCUUCCAGUCGUACCUCGCCCUUCCCGUCGUCCUGUUCUUCUGGGCCUGCGGAUACGCGUGGAAGCGCCAGGGCUGGCUCCGCACCGACCAGAUCGACAUCGACACUGGCCGCCGCGAGCUCGACUGGGAAAGCAUCAACGCGUGGCGCGCCACCUUGGCUGCUAUGCCCGCAUGGAAGCGCAUCUACCACACCGUUUUCGUAUGA